CCCUCCGCGCCAGCAGGAGGCGCAGCCACCGCCCACAAACACCCACCGUAUCAUGUUCCGGAUCUAGCUUUAGCUUCCAGCUAAACCAUAAAUAACUUCAUAUUUUCGAGUUAAUGUCUGCUCUUUGUGAUGCUGAGAAGUCUACUAACCAGAGCAGUGAGACGCAGCAAAAGCAGCUCAUCAUGCUGAGACAGGCUCGGAGGACAGACAGGUGUUUCCUGCCUUCUGCAGGAGGCAGGGUGCCAAACGUUCAAUUACCAGUGAGUCCUGUUCAGAGGACAGCGCCUCCACCUCAGCAGGUAUAUAAAACAAACUCGCCCUCCUGCUGUCAUGGACCCAUUUCAGUCUGUUCUCUUCAGGUUUCAGGGUCAGGUGGUUCUGACUGCUCGUUGCGCUGCAGCGAUACCACAGAAGAACAGUGGGGAACAGGUGGGCAGAGCCAUGCAGGAGGUCCUGGUUCUGAUCUAGAUUCAGGAGAGCCACGACCGAAACAGGCGAGACGGGAUGGGAACCGGGAGGCUACAGCUCUGACCCAUAGAGACAACAUCCCCGGGUCAUGUGAUGCAGCUGAAGGUCCUGACCAGCAGGGGGCAGCAGAGCUCAGCGAGGACACCCGAGCAGCUCAGCUGCAGAGCGUCGGCUCUCUGAAGGUCACCAUCCAGCAGAGCAACGAGAGUCGGGAGUUUGGACAGACAGACAGACCGGCUGACAGACAGCCAGGUGGACUUCACUGUCAUGUCUGCGGCCUCACUUGUUGCUCUCUGCAGGUGUUUCAAGAGCACAUGUCAGGACAAGAACACCUGAGGAAACUACAGGAGAUCACAAACGACAUCUGUCUGAACACACACACCCUGCUGCAAAGGGGGCGUCGGCCUAAUGGGCAACAUUGGUGUGAUACCUGUCAGGUCCACUUCUCAGAUGAUGUCAUCAUCCACCGACGCUCUAAACAGCACAAGGUGUGUAAACAGCUGGGUCGGCCAUUCUGUCCCGUGUGUAAGCGACACUUCAGGACUCCCAGGAAGUUUGUGGAGCACAUGAAGUCAGCAGAACACAAAGAGCAGGUGCGCUUGGCCGAGGUUCAGGAGGAGGAGCUUAUCACCGUGGAUGCUGUUGGUUGCUUUGAGGAGGAAGAGCAGCGAGAAGAGGAGGUGGAAGUGGCAGAUGAGGAGGAAGAGGAAGAGAAUGAAGGAAUAGUUUCGGGGUCAGAGACCGGAGUGGAAAAGGAAAAGGAUGACGAGGAGUACAACCCUCAUCAAACCUACGGAAGUGGUUUUGUGGUUCCUGUUUGUGGGUUUGUGUGCCGACUGUGCAACAGGUUCUUCUACAGAGAGGCGGCAGCCCGACACACACACUGCCGCACACACACACACUACCUGAACCUGCAGAACCACAGAGCCCAGCAGAAACCACAAGAAGACGAGGCUGAGGACACGUCUACUCCAACCUGAUCCCACAAUGCACCACUUCCUCCAGGUGAUCAUUUGGGGAUGAUGUUGUGCUCUUAGCUAAUCUGAGAGCUCUGACUUCCUGCUGGAGCUCCCAGACAGGAAGUCAGCUGUCUCAGACUUUGGCACAAUCCCAAUACUCGCACUGCAGAGUCAGAAAAGUGCACUUGGAGAAAGUGCGUGGUUCACAAGUGUGCAGAAAAUUGCCAAAUUGAGACAGGGAGAAUUGCCUCGUGGACCGCAACGCAUGCUGGUCGCUGUGUUUCGUUUUUUAUACAAACCUUUAUUAACAACUUUCAGACAAACAACCAAACAUUUACUUUAAAUGAAUUUACAUUCGUUGCUGCUUUGUCUGAAACAUUCAGAGCAUCAUUUACUCAUCCUAAAACGAGUUACUUUCAUUAGAAAAUACAUAUUUUCAGAAAAGGCACUUGAGCAUUUUCUCCCGCAGCAAUGGAUUGUGGGUAAUACAUUUCACCCAAGUCUGCAUCGAUGUGGACUUGGGUGAAAUGCGGCUCGAGGGUGCAAAAGGGGCGUGAUCGACUUCAUACAGAAUCAGACUCGGAGGCGAGGUGAAAGGAAAAUAAAUAAUAAUUUUAUUAAAUGAUGAGGAGAACUGAGGGCGCACUGGUGAUCCAGCGGAAGGUGAAAACAGGAAGCGGCAACUAGAGGGAAACCAGAGGUGAGUACUGGGAUUUGUAGUUCAAAGCGAAUGUUUGUAGGCAGAACUUACAAUGCGGAAGUUCGGGAUGAAUGUGGAGGGGGGAUGAGCCGGGGUGAUAUCCAGAGGAGGAUUGUUGUAAUCCAAGUGGGUGAGUGGAAUGGAAGAGGAUGAUGAUUAUGAGGAAGCGGAGAGGGAGCGUGAUAACGGUGGAGAGCGGGACGGCAGAGAGGAGUAGGAGUCCAGGAAGCGAACCGGUGAAUAAUCCUUUCUUGCAGAGACGUGUGAGGAUCCAGAGAUGCAGGAAGCCUGAGGGUAAGUAUCCAAGAAAAAAACGAGUUCGAGUUAAACGGGUUCAAAAAAAUCUUACAAAGUCAAAACGAAGUUCAAAGUCACGAAGGUCUAGAGACUAGCAGUCAGUAGUUAAUCAUCCGGCGUCGGGUCAGGAUAGCCGUCCUCCUUUUAAAGCCGCCCCACUGAUCAGGCUGAUGAAGAUCAGCUGCGCUCCCUCUCCUGCAGGCAAAAACUCGUAGAUGGUGAGAUGAUGGGCAGAGCACUCACCCCGGCUCACGACACCUCACUUCGGGACACCUCACGCCAGGGGUGCCCAGUCCUGGUCCUGGGGGGCCGGUAUCCUGCAUGUUUUAGUUUGAACCUGAUUUCAAUCAGCAGCUAAUUAACAGGCCUCUGCAGAGCCUGAUGAGCGGCAGCGCUGGUGUUUCAGCCACUGAAUCAAGUCUAUUGGAGCAGAAGAACUACAAAACCUGCUGGAUACCGGCCCUCCAGGACCAGGAUUGAGCAUCCCUGCCCUACGCACUCGCACCCCUGGUUGGGGGUCGCACAACUGAGGGGCGAAAGGGUGGAAAUGCGAGUAUUGGGAUUGGGCCUUUUUGUCUGAGGGCGGUAACUUCCUGUCUGAGACGGACCCGCCCCUCACCUGGCGAUUCGCCGGCUCCCUGAGACCCUGACGAGGAGGAAGCUGCUCAGACAAAAGAUGAUUUUGUUCCUUAACAAGUUUAAAAGUGGCUUCUGUGAAAUUUUUAAACGAGUCAUUCACUUGUUUUCCAAAAUAAAUCGGCUGUUCUCCAGUUUGAAUGAA